AUGACCAAAGAAAGAUCGUAUUUUGAAGCCACAGCUCUUAAACGUCAGCAUGAUUUGUCCCCUGAACACGUCCCAGAAGUUUAUCACUUUGAUAGAACCAUGUCAUUGAUUGGUAUGCGAUACAUAGAGCCUCCACAUAUAAUCUUGAGGAAAGGAUUGAUCGCUGGAGUUGAGUAUCCAUUAUUAGCUGAACAUAUGUCAGAAUUUAUGGCUAACACGACUGUUUUUAACACCCUCUCUUCUCUAGCCACAACCACACAACACAAAAGUGCAGUGGCUGAAUUUUGUGCAAAUGUGGAGAUAUGUAGGCUGACAGAGCAAGUGGUGUUUUCAGACCCUUACAAGAUUUCCGAAUUUAAUCGUUGGACAUCACCUUUUCUUGAUACUGAUGCUGAAGCUAUUCGGAAUGAUAAAAUUUUGAAGCUUGAGGUUGCUGAGCUAAAGUCUAAGUUUUGUGAAAAAACACAAGCUUUAAUACAUGGUGAUCUUCAUACUAGUUCUGUCAUGGUUACUAAAGAUUCAACUCAAGUCAUCGAUCCAGAAUUUGCUUUCUAUGGGCCAAUGGGAUUUGACAUUGGUGCUUUUAUUGGAAACUUGUUUUUGGCUUAUUUUGCACAAGAUGGACAUGUGGAUCAUGAGAAUGACCGAAAAGCAUAUAAAGCAUGGAUACUGGAUACCAUAGUAAACACUUGGAAUCUUUUUUAUAAAAAGUUUACGUCACUUUGGGAUACACACAAAGAGGGCCCUGGUGAGGCAUACAUUCAUGAAAUUUAUAAUGAUUUGGAGCUUCGGGAGCUCGUGAAACAGAAAUACAUGAUGGAUUUGUUCCAUGAUUCUCUUGGAUUUGCUGCGGCCAAAAUGAUAAGGCGAAUUGUUGGGGUGGCACAUGUGGAGGAUUUUGAGUCGAUUAGUGAUCUUGUGAAAAGAUCAGAUUGUGAACGAAGGGCUCUUGACUUUGCCAAGAAUCUCAUGAAGAAACGAAGAAAUUUCAACACCAUUAUUGAUGUUAUUUCUGUGGCUUAGUAACUCCAUAUAUAUGCGUUAUAGAUGACAUACAAAUAUUAAUGUUCAAAAUAAAGUUUGUCAUAAAAUUUAAUAAUUAUAAAUGAUAUGCAGCCUUGUACUCACUCCACAACUGAUCAACUGACUUCCCAACCAAGUCAACAAAAUAGUCAACACUAUAACCAUACCUCAUCUUCUUAUUAAGUUCAGCCACAAACCCAUUUCUAAGACCUUCACAAUAAUCAAGAAACCUAGCUGUAACAUCAUAGCCCUGGUCCCACUUGUCACCUGACCCUGGUUGAACCCAAUGGCUAGGUAUGUAGCCAGCCUUUAGCCUCACAAAAUCAGCAAUCCCUUCAAUCAAUCCUUCAGGGGUCGAACCAUUUCCAUUCCAUUGCCACACAUGGGUCAUCUCAUGAUACAUCACCCCACUGAAUUCUCUCCUAACAUCAUCAUCAUCAUCAGCCUUGUAGUUUGCAAUAUAUCUUGCGCUGACGUGGAUCUCGUUGUUUUCACAGUAAGCAACACCGUCCAUGUCAUCGAUGAGUAAGUGCACGUGUGUCACGUUUGCUCUUUCUGUUUUGUUUCUUUGUUGGAAAAGCCUCCAUAUGAACAAAUUUGAGGAC